CACAGAGGCUGCAGACCUGGCCAGGUGCGGAGCGGUGGCUGCGACUGGGGCGGUGCCGCGUCUUCGGGAGGGGCUGGGAUGGAUCUUGUACUCAGUGUUGCCGAUUAUUAUUUGCUCACACCAUAUGCAUAUCCAGCCUCAUGGCCAGAGGAUGACAUCUUCCGGCAAACUAUUAGUCUCCUAAUUGUAACAAAUAUUGGUGCUUUCAUUCUUUAUUUCACCUUUGCAUCAUUAAACUAUUACUUUGUCUAUGAUCAUUCAUUAAUGAAACAUCCACAAUUUUUAAAGAAUCAAGUGUCUCGAGAAAUUAAGUCGACGGUCCUGUCACUGCCGUGGAUCAGCCUUCCCACAGUUGCGCUGUUCCUGCUGGAAGUGAGAGGUUACAGCAAGUUAUAUGAUGACCUGGGCGAGUUUCCAGAUGGUUGGCUUCAACUCAUUGGCAGUGUCAUUGCCUUCCUCGUUUUCACUGACAUGAUGAUCUACUGGAUUCACAGAGGCCUGCACCAUAGACUCGUCUAUAAGUCCUUCCACAAGCCUCAUCAUCUCUGGAAGAUCCCCACUCCGUUUGCGAGCCAUGCCUUCCACCCUGUGGACGGCUUCCUGCAGGGCCUGCCCUACCACUUGUACCCCUUCCUCUUCCCCCUGCACAAGGUGGCUUAUUUAAGCUUGUACAUUCUAGUCAAUAUCUGGACGAUUUCCAUCCAUGAUGGAGAUUUUCGUGUCCCCCAAAUUUUAAGACCGUUCAUUAAUGGCUCGGCUCAUCACACAGACCAUCAUCUAUUCUUUGACUAUAACUAUGGACAGUAUUUUACACUGUGGGAUAGAAUUGGAGGCUCUUUCAAAAAUCCAUCGGCUUUUGAAGGGAAGGGACCCCUUACUUAUGUGAAGAACAUGACAGAAGAAAAAUGCAACAACCAUCUAGGAAAUGGUUACAAAAAUGAAAAAUUAAUCAAUGGAAAGUGUACAAAGAAUGAGUAGAUUAUUGCUUAAUUAUUCUGAAUUCUCUUUAAUAAGUGAAAAUAAUCAGCAUACAGCCAAGAGUCACAGCAAAUAAAUGGAGUCCGUGAAAGUCAGCAUUAGAGGUACUCUUGAAGGAGGGUCCUAGCGGCAGGUCAGAGAGUGAUCUGUGAGCACCAAGAUCUAACUUCAUGAUUCAAAUGGGGGACUGCUGGCAGGGACAGUGUGGGUCUUUCUAGCCUCCAGAUCUGCCGCUCAUAUACCUGCAAGGUCAAUUUUUUAAAAAUACAGCCAAACAAUUAUUGAGGGGAAUAGGCUAUAUCCUUUUGCCUUAAUCCGCCCAUAUGCAUUGAGAAACACCUACUGUGCUUAAUAAAUACCAAGACUAAGACGCAUGACAAAGAAAUACUAAUGUAAAGAUGGUUCCUUUUUUUCUAGCGUGACUAAGGCUUGGGUGUUGGGUGGAGACGGUUACUUGUACUUUGUUCAAGUAGAAGCUUCAAUGUGAAAAACAAAUUCUGGUGUAGCAUAUGACCUGAUUAAUAGCAGGUAUCAUGAUAUCAUCUUCCUGCACAUAGGAAUCAUGUUCUCUGGAGGCUUUGUCAAAUAUUUACAUUUUACUGAUGAAUAAAUAAAAUGGAAUUUUUAAAACUAUCAAUACUACCAUGGUUUAAUCCAGAUAUGGGAUCACUUAACUGAAUAUUUUGUUGAGUAUUAUUUAAAGCCAUUAUUUAAUGAGUAUAGAAUAUGUGAAUCAAAAUAUAUUUAUUUAGGAAGAGAAAUUUGAUAACCUGAACAAUAUACUUGCCACUACUGAUUUUUUACAUAAAAUUGAUGCAUUGCACUUUUGAUAGGUUUCAGAGUUCACAAACAAUAUUUUUCUAUAACAGGAAAUAAUUGCCAAGUUUAGUAGUUAUUGAAGAUUAGUUUUGAAAUAUUUUUCUCCCUCCCCAUUUUCUUUGCAAAAGAUGUAAGAAAUGUGCAUUGUAACAAAUAUAUUUGGAAAACAUAGUUUACAGAGGCAUUCUAUAACUUGUUUAUGUAAAAUCAAUGAAAGUGAAUAAUGACUAUUAUUAAGCUGUAUCAAUUAAAUAUUUUAACAGCAGAA